GCCGAUAAGGGCGACCAAAGGCAUCGACAACAUACGGAGCCAGCGGAUGCAAACCUCCAGCGCCAUCACAUUCAUCUCCAUGAAGCACGCUGCAUUUCUGGCAAUUUCUUGCGCACUGAUCUUCAUCGAUGCAGCUGGCGACAACAGCUACAAUCGCUUGUUCUGGUGCAAGAAGAAACUAAAUCCCAGGGAAUUCGCCACGGCUAUGCGGAAAGCAACAGAAGUAAUGUUUGCUUGCAAGGACAUCAUCAUGAAGCUGAACCUCAGUCCCCAGAUAUUAAAGGAACACCGCAGACUCUGUGUUGCACUUAGGAUUUGCUACGCUUACUCCAGCUACAGCAACAAGACUAUUCACGAGAUGCGCCAGGCAUUCUCGUUUUGCAUGAGGACGGUGUUUGAAAUGAUUGAUGCCGCAGCUCCGGAUCUCCUCGCUCAAUACCGCAUCAACGUCACCCUGCUUGUAGAGGGCGCUUCGAAAUGCGGACUUAAACAUGUCCCUAGAGAAGAGAAGUAUGCCUUGGCCAUCACGGGAUAUUUUGCCGACUUUAUUUCUGGGUGAAUUAUGAGCUAAACCU